CGGGCUUUACGGAGCAGUGUUGCGAAAUGGAGGUGGAGUAUAUGGACAUUGAAGAAGGAGAUUAUGGUGCAGGCCGCCAGACCGAGACGAGCGAGCAGCCGGAGGGACCAGAAACUUUUGCCGUAAGGCGAGACUAUGAGCUACCCACGGAGCUAUUAGAGGAGAUCUUCGUUGAGGCGUGGCUGGCCAUCCCUCUAUUCGACUCUAUCGACCGCUGGUUUCUCUUCUCCACGCUCUCACUCGUGAACCACCAGUUCAGACUCCUCGCUCUCUGGAUGUCAACUCGCCACGUCCGUGUGCUCUCCCACUGCUCGACGGAUGUCGCCGCCUACCGCAGCAUCGGGCAGCAGUAUCUCGCUCUCCAGCAGGCGCCCCGCGGGGUUCCCUCUCCGCAGGCGGACCAGGAGGAGCUUCUGAAGUGCAUGUUCCAGCACUCCACAGUGCACCUUGACGUUACCUACGCGGCACAUACCGCCUGGAACAUGCCCGACCUCUGGCUCAAGGACGACAUCUCGCCUGGCGGACCGGACGACUACCCGGACCUCCGCGUCAAGUACGAUGGCGACGCCAGCCUCUUCGGGGAAUACAUCUACCCGAAACCCGUGGAUCGCAGCAAUGUAUACUCCUCCUGGCUCGCACGGCGCCGACGCGACCGUCUCUCCGGCUGGUUCGCCACGCUGCUCGCAGCGGUGCCCGACUGUGCCGCGCUCGUGCUAGAGGCGCAACCGUCGAACAAACUGUUUGGGAUAACGGCAUACUCGCGCCUUCUGGAGGCGGUCUGGUGGUGGAAGUCGCUCGCCGCGGUGCACUUCCUCUUCAUGCCUGAGAACACGGACGUCGAUGAACAGAUGGGGGGAAUGAGCCGCGGACCGGGGGCGUUCCUGCCUCCGCUCGUCGGCGUGCGGCGCGUGUGGCUGGACUGUGAGCUGCGGUGCACAUGUUGGCAGGACAGGACACCCGUAGUGAUGCAUGCGGAGGAUUGUAUCAUGCGACGGCUGCUUGAGCCGUUCCGGGGAUUGCGAAGCAAGGAGGACGUUGUGGUACCCCCCGGCUUCGAAGUGCGCGAUUGGUGCACUUCCGACGCGUCUUUGCGGACUUUGAUGCUCGUCGGACCAUGCAAGGAAUCCAACAACAGCUCCAAGGACAAGCGCACGCCGAAUAUCAUGUAUGAGGACACGCUCUGGGAGUUGGUCGACCCGAAUCGUGAUGUCAACGCCCGAUAUCAUCCAAGCAUACACGGGGCCGAUAUUCUUACUCCACAACCGUAUCCUAACCAGCAGUCAGCGGACUGGUCAGAGGGAUAUUUGGGCCUUUGGCGAUAGAGUAGAAGAGGCACUCCUAUAAGCAGCUAAUCAUACAAUAUACUGUCG